AUGGCCGCGCUUCCCGGCCCGCUCUGGCUCCUGGGCCUGGCGUUGUGCGCGCUGGGCGGGGGCGGCCCCGGCCUGCGACCCCAGCCCGGCUGUCCCCAGCGACGUCUGGGCGCGCGCGAGCGCCGGGACGUGCAACGCGAGAUCCUGGCGGUGCUCGGGCUACCCGGGCGGCCCCGGCUCCGCGCGCCACCCGCCGCCUCCCGGCUGCCCGCGUCCGCGCCGCUCUUCAUGCUGGACCUGUACCACGCCAUGGCCGACGACGACGACGAGGACGGCGCGCCCGCGGAGCGGCGCCUGGGCCGAGCCGACCUGAUCAUGAGCUUCGUCAACAUGGGUGAGUGCGGCCGCCCGCGCGGGGACCCUCGGAGUAAACUGGCUGCAGGGGAGAGUGCGCGCAUCCGCCGGGCCCUGGCCGAACGGGGUGUCACAGACGGUGAACGUGAACCACAGGGGAGUGGGACCGCCGUGGAUAGGGAAGGUCUAAGGGUCAUGGGGCCCCCUGGGCUGCGGGGUGGUCAGGAGCAGGGUGGGGGGAACUGUGGACUCCCAGGCGCUGCCUUCACCCUGCCCCAAACACACCCAGGAGUAAGAAUCAGGGCAGAAGAGGGCAUGGCCAAGCCUCUGCUCCCUGCAACCCAAGAGCUGGUGGUGGAGGUGAGCAGCAGGAGACAGCCGUUCACCAUCGGUGAGCGCCCAGUGCCAGGCACAGGACUCCAGCCGCCCUGUUUCAUGGGCUCAGAGAGGUUAAAUGGCCAGCCCAGGGCCACACAGCACAUCCGGUAUGACAUCCAUGGCUGUGGAUUCCAAAUCCCAGCUUCCUCCCGCCCCAGCUCUAGGCAUUUCGUGCAGACCCGGGGCCUCCAGCGCUGCGGGAUUAACAAGCAGGUGGUUACAGAUUUGCUCCUGUGGUCUCCAGUGGCCAUGGACCGGGGUGUUGAUGAACAGAGCCGUCUGGAUUUGGGAGAAGCAGGACUGAGUGGGAAUUCAGGACCUGGCCUGGGUCCUGCUCUGCCCUUGCCAUCAGCCCCUGAACAACCUGAGAACACGACCAAGUCUGACUCUUCCCUGCCCCCGCCCCUGCCCCCCCCACCCCUGUGGCAGGAAGUUGAGGGAAAGAGGAACCCAGUAGGAGGCAGGGAGAGCCAGGAGGAGCCUGGGCCUGGUCAGAGGCUGUGGGGCCCAAGCCUUGUUUUGGGUCUGAAAUGGGGCACCCCCCAGCCUUUGCUGCCUGUGGGACAAGCCAGACCAGCCCGGCCCAGGCACCCCAGGCUCUGGGGGAGCCGCUGUCCACCCUCAGGGGCCAGGCCGGGAGAGGAGGCAGGUCCACAGCAAUGGGAAUGUCGGUGGCUUCUGAUGGAGUCACACGGGGACAUGGUAGCCACACCCGGACUGGCAGUGAUACCCAGCCCAAGGGGCUCUGAGUGCCGGACACUGAGCCGCUGUCCUGAGGACAAGAGGCCCUUGGGAAGAAGGCGCUGGGGCACCCCCGCUCUGGGGCCCUGGAACACAGCGGCCGAUGAGCCGACAUGCGAGUCUCUCGUGUCCACCCACGUGGCUCCGUCCCGGCCCUCCAAGGGCUCGCUGUCCAGCGGAACAGCUGAACCAGAGACACAUCAGACGGAGGUGGUCCACAGUAGCAGAAGGAGCCCAGCGAGGAGUCAGGGUUCUGUUUCCACAUGUGGGAACGUGGGAGGAGAUUGUAUUUGGUACUUUCUGUCUGAGCCAGAACUGGGGGACCGUCCCAGUGGCAUUGCUGAGGUGUGGCCGCUCAGCCAGGCAUCUUUGGGAGAUUCCAGACCUUGGUUCUAUGGGAAGGCUUGCCUGGAACAGCCAGGGGAGGCAGUUUCCUGUGCUGGAAUUCCUGGGUGGUUUAUCGAUUUCACAAGCCCACAGUGGGGAAGUUUGGAACUCGGUCCUCGGAUCCCACAUGAAGUCAGCAUGUGGCCUGCCGACAGGGAUACCAGUGAGCCCCAGGACCCACCCGGCAGCCCUGCUGUGCCCUGGGACACAAGCACACAGCCAUGCUUUGAAAGUGGACAGGAGAAGCCGCGACACCUGCUCAACAGGACCCUCCACGUCAGCAUGUUCCAGGUGGUCCAGGAGCAGUCCAACAGGUGCCUUCCCCUUGGCCCAGGUGCCCCUGCCCCUGCCCGCCUCACAGUCUCAUGGUCAAGGCAACCCAGCAGGGAGUGGGGGUUGGUGGAACACUUCCCAGAGGACCUGAAAGAGACCCUCAAAGACGGGAAAGAUGCUUGGCCUGAGCCCCCUGCACUGCGGGAAGAGCCCCAAACAGAGAAAGUGACCGGAGGGUUUUUGCCAUCACAGAGGUUGCUGAUGGCCCAAAUCUCCGUGGAGUGUGGUCUUGACUGGGGAGGUGGAGGGAACAGGCAGUGGAGUGCAGGAGCAGUCUUUUCAGAACCUUUGCUGGUGAAUUGGGGCGAGAGACAUGGGCGCUGGGGCUGGAAGAGAACCCGGGACAAGGGCAGGUCUUUACAGAGCCUGCGCAUGGCGGGGGAGAACCCUGCUGCGGGGAGUGGGUUCAGGGCGUGGGUGCUCCUGCUCUGUUGCGCGCCGGCGCACGCGGGGCGCACACCGCGCUUUCUGGGCUCUGACCCGGCAGACCCCAUGGCGGGGCUUGCGGCUCUGGGUCGGCGCGUUCGGGCGCGGCGUUCCGCCGCGCGCUCAGGGCUCGCGCUGUCCCAGGGCUGCGCCCGCCGCUUUGCCACCAGUCCCCGGCCCCGCGCCAAGUUCUACACGGACCCGGUGGAGAUGGUGAAGGACAUCUCUGACGGGGCGACCAUCAUGGUCGGGGGCUUCGGGCUCUGCGGGAUCCCCGAGAACCUGAUCGCCGCGCUGCUCAGGACCGGCGUGAAGGACUUGCAGGUGGUCAGCAGCAACGUGGGCGUGGAGGACUUCGGCCUGGGCCUCCUGAUGGCCUCCAAGCAGAUCCGCCGCAUCGUCUGUUCCUACGUGGGUGAGAACACGCUGUGCGAGAGCCAGUACCUGGCAGGAGAGCUGGAGCUGGAGCUCACACCCCAGGGCACCCUGGCUGAGCGCAUCCGCGCGGGGGGCGCCGGGGUACCCGCCUUCUACACCCCCACGGGCUACGGGACCCUGGUCCAGGAAGGGGGCGCCCCCAUCCGCUACACCCCGGACGGCCACGGGGCUAUCAUGAGCCAGCCCCGAGAGGUGAGGGAGUUCCAAGGCGACCACUUCCUUUUGGAGCGCGCCAUCCGGGCGGACUUCGCCCUGGUGAAAGGGUGGAAGGCCGACCGGGCAGGAAACGUGGUCUUCAGGGGGAGCGCCCGCAAUUUCAACGUGCCCAUGUGCAAAGCUGCAGACGUCACGGCGGUGGAGGUGGAAGAGAUCGUGGACGUGGGGACUUUUCCCCCAGAAGACAUCCACGUUCCAAACAUUUAUGUAGAUCGUGUGAUAAAGGGGCAGAAAUACGAGAAACGAAUUGAGCGUUUGACGAUCCGGAAAGAGGAAGAUGGAGACGCCGAAAACAAAGAGGACGCCAGGACGCGCAUCAUCAGACGCGCAGCUCUGGAGUUUGAGGACGGCAUGUACGCCAAUCUGGGCAUAGGCAUCCCCCUGCUGGCCAGCAACUUCAUCAGCCCCAGCAUGACCGUGCAUCUUCACAGCGAGAACGGGAUCCUGGGCCUGGGCCCGUUUCCCACGGAAGAUGAGGUGGAUGCCGACGUCAUCAAUGCAGGCAAACAGACCGUCACGGUGCUUCCCGGGGGCUGCUUCUUCGCCAGCGACGACUCCUUCGCCAUGAUCCGAGGCGGACACCUCCACCUAACCAUGCUCGGAGCCAUGCAGGUUUCCAGAUACGGCGACCUGGCGAACUGGAUGAUCCCUGGCAAGAAGGUGAAAGGCAUGGGCGGUGCCAUGGACUUGGUGUCCAGUCCGAAGACCAGAGUGGUGGUCACCAUGGAGCACUGCACAAAGGACAACAUCCCUAAGAUCAUGGAGAAAUGCACCAUGCCACUGACCGGGAAGCAGUGCGUGGACCGCAUCAUCACCGAGAAGGCCGUGUUUGACGUGCACAGGAAGAGAGGGUUGACGCUGACGGAGCUCUGGGAGGGCCUGACCGUGGACGACGUCAAAAAGAGCACUGGAGGUGAUCCAUGGGAAAAAUCUUCAAACUUGAGAGAUGUGGACUGGCUGGGGCUGGACCAAGGACUCCAGGCUUCAGAUGUGGAAACUGAGGCUCAGCAGGGACCCUCGGGUCCUCAGCCUUCACGCUCCUGGACCUGCCCAGGCCCCGGCAGAGAGAUCCCUGCUGUGUCCGCUGCAGGGCCACUGCCCGCGAGUGACCCCUCUCUCCUUUCUGUCGCAGGGCACAGCGUGGAUCCUGGCCUGGCCGGCCUGCUGGGUCAACGGGCCCCGCGCUCCCGACAGCCUUUCGUGGUUACUUUCUUCAGGGCCAGUCCGAGUCCCAUCCGCACCCCUCGGGCAGUGAGGCCACUGAGAAGGAGGCAGCCGAAGAAAACCAACGAGCUGCCGCAGGCCAACCGACUCCCAGGGAUCUUUGAUGAUGUCCACGGCUCCCACGGGCGGCAGGUCUGCCGUCGGCACGAGCUCUACGUCAGCUUCCAGGACCUUGGCUGGCUGGACUGGGUCAUCGCCCCCCAAGGCUACUCGGCCUAUUACUGUGAGGGGGAGUGCUCCUUCCCGCUGGACUCCUGCAUGAACGCCACCAACCACGCCAUCCUGCAGUCCCUGGUGCACCUGAUGAAGCCAGACGCGGUCCCCAAGGCAUGCUGCGCGCCCACCAAGCUAAGCGCCACCUCUGUGCUCUACUAUGACAGCAGCAACAACGUCAUCCUGCGCAAGCACCGCAACAUGGUGGUCAAGGCCUGCGGCUGCCACUGAGCCCAACCACCCACCCGGCCCUGCUGCAGCCGCCCUUCUCAUCCGGAUCGGGCCCUGCAGAGGCAGAAAACCCUUAAAUGCUGUCACAGCUCAAGCAGGAGUGUCAGGGGCCCUCACUCUCUGUGCCUACUUCCUGUCAGGCUGCUUCUGGUCCUUUCUGUGUCCCUCUGUGCCCCUCCCCUGGGGUUUGUGGCUGUCACCCUGUUCAACACUUUUG